CCCGCGGCUGGUAGCAAAGCUAGUGAGGCCGCGGGGCAGCGGCGCCGACGCGAGGCGACCGACAACUUGGAGGCUCGAAGUCGAGUGUCAAAAUGACGAAUUCGCUGCGUAUUACCGGCAGAACUACGAACCUAAAGUUCUUAUCACUACGCCGAUAAUCCGAACAGGAAAACACGAAUUUUCGGCAGAGAGCUCACAAGGAUGAUACCGAACUCGAUCUCGUAAUACAGAAAUCGUUCCGGCGUGAAGAAAAUUGUGAGGUGUGCCAUCACCAAGAAUUUUACAGACAUAAUAAUCGUCAACGUGGAUCAAUGCAAAACUAACUAGAGAGAAAGAGAGCAUCUUCUUUUCAUAUGGAAUGUUGGUGAUACAUCUUCCGGAUGGUCCUACUGCACACUUCAAGCUCAGUAAUGUUAAGAUCACAACAGAAUUGAAGCGUAGUCACAAGGAAAUCACAGAACAUAGGCCAGAAGUUAUUCUAAAUAAUUCCACUACACGUCUAGGUUUCACUGUUGCCAGAAUGCUUGGUGUAUUAUUUCACUAUCAAUCACAAUUCAAAGGAAGAAGAGUUGUAACAUUUCACAAUCAGAGAGAUUAUAUAUUUUUCAAACAUCAUAGGUAUGAGUUUAAUUUAAAAAAUGGAAAACCAAGAUCGCCUGAAUUGGGUCCACGAUUUAUUCUGAGAUUAAAAUCACUGCAACAUGGAACAUUUGACAGUAAAUAUGGUGAUUAUGAAUGGAUUAUACAAGGCCAGAGACAUGAUAUGGAGACUAGCAGAAGAAAGAUUUUCUUAUAAUUUCUCUGUAUUGUUACUUAUAUCCUACAAGAUAUGAUACUGUUUCAGUCAGAUCAGAUGAGGUCAAGUGGUCAGGAAAGGAAUCAAUCAUACAAUUAUGUUGUAUAAAUAUACAAAUA